ACCCGAGGGGACUGCCAAGCCGGCCGGCCCUCGAAGCCGCGCUCGGGUCCCGCCGCACUCGGCGGCGGGGGAUGGGCAGGCGGCGGCGGUCCCGCCUGCCAAGGGUUGAUAUCUGCGGGUCCUGGCCCUGAGCUGGAUCCGAGCCCUCCGCCCGAAAUCCCUGCGUCCGCCACGGCCCAGGUUAAAUGGAAACCAUCGUUGGGAGCUGGUUGCUUGUGUAGCCGUUUUAUCACAUCAGUGAAUUGCAAUGAGUGGAGGAGGAGAGCAGCCGGAUAUUCUCAGUGUUGGAAUCCUGGUCAAAGAAAGAUGGAAAGUGUUGAGGAAGAUUGGGGGUGGGGGCUUUGGAGAAAUUUACGAUGCCUUGGACAUGCUUACCAGGGAAAAUGUUGCACUGAAGGUAGAAUCAGCUCAACAACCAAAACAAGUUCUGAAAAUGGAGGUGGCUGUAUUGAAGAAACUACAAGGGAAAGACCAUGUUUGUAGAUUUAUUGGCUGUGGGAGGAAUGAUCGAUUCAACUAUGUGGUCAUGCAGUUGCAGGGUCGGAAUCUGGCAGAUCUACGCCGUAGCCAGUCCCGGGGUACAUUCACCAUUAGCACUACUCUUCGGUUGGGUAGACAGAUUCUGGAGUCUAUUGAGAGCAUCCAUUCUGUGGGAUUCUUGCACCGAGACAUCAAACCGUCGAACUUCGCCAUGGGUCGCUUUCCUAGUACAUGUAGGAAAUGUUACAUGCUUGAUUUUGGCUUGGCUCGACAAUUUACCAAUUCCUGUGGUGACGUCAGACCACCUCGAGCUGUGGCAGGCUUUCGAGGGACAGUUCGUUACGCAUCAAUCAAUGCUCAUCGAAACAGGGAAAUGGGAAGACAUGAUGACCUUUGGUCCUUAUUCUACAUGUUGGUGGAGUUUGUGGUUGGUCAGCUGCCUUGGAGAAAAAUAAAGGACAAGGAGCAAGUAGGUUCUAUUAAGGAGAGGUAUGACCACAGGCUUAUGUUGAAACAUCUCCCUCCAGAAUUCAGCAUCUUUUUGGAUCACAUCUCCUCUUUGGAUUAUUUUACAAAACCAGACUACCAGCUUCUGACAUCCGUGUUUGACAACAGCAUCAAGACCUUUGGAGUAGUUGAGAGUGAUCCUUUUGACUGGGAGAAGACUGGAACGGAUGGCUCCCUGACGACCACCACUACUUCCACCACCCCUCAGCUGCACACCCGCCUGACCCCCGCAGCGAUCGGAAUUGCCAAUGCCACGCCCAUCCCAGGAGACUUGCUUCGAGAAAAUACAGAUGAGGUGUUUCCAGAUGAGCAGCUUAGUGAUGGGGAGAAUGGCAUCCCUGUUGGUGUGUCACCAGAUAAAUUGCCAGGAUCUUUGGGACACCCACGUCCCCAGGAGAAGGAUGUCUGGGAAGAGAUGGACGCCAACAGGAACAAGAUAAGGCUUGGGAUUUGUAAGGCUGCUACCGAAGAAGAGAACAGCCAUGGUCAAGUAAACGGUAUUCUGAAUGCUCCAAGCCUUGGUUCACCAGUUCGUGUCCGCUCAGAGAUUACUCAGCCAGACAGAGAUGUUCCAUUGGUGCGGAAGUUACGUUCCAUCCACAGCUUUGAGCUGGAAAAACGUCUUACACUGGAGCCAAAGCCAGAUACCGACAGGUUUCUUGAGACCUGCCUGGAGAAAAUGCAGAAAGAGUCCAGUGCAGGAAAGGAAUCUCUUCUCCCUGCUCUGCUUCAUAAGCCUUGUGUUCCUGCCGUGUCCCGUACUGACCACAUCUGGCACUAUGAUGAAGAAUAUCUUCCAGAUGCUUCGAAGCCUGCCUCUGCCAACACCCCUGAACAGGCAGAUGGUGGUGCCAGCAAUGGAUUUAUAGCAGUUAACUUGAGCUCCUGCAAGCAGGAGGUUGAUUCCAAAGAAUGGGUGAUUGUGGACAAGGAGCAGGACCUUCGGGAUUUUAGGACAAAUGAGGCUUUAGGCCAUAAAACAACUGGAAGCCCUUCUGAUGAGGAACCUGAAGUACUUCAAGUCCUAGAGGAAUCGCCUCAAGAUGAGAAGCUCCUACUGGGUCCUUGGGCAGAAAGCGAUCAUUUAAAGAAAGAACCCUCAGGUGUGGUCUUAGCACUUUCUGGGGAGUGCCCUGCCGCUGCUGCUUCGGAACAGUAUACGGAUAGGCUAGAACUCCAGGCUGCUGGCCCGUUUAUUGCAGUGACACCCACAAGUCCGAUGGAGGCGCAAGCAGAAGGACCCCUCACAGCGAUUACAAUUCCUAGACCCUCUGUGGCAUCUACACAGUCUACUUCAGGAAGCUUUCACUAUGGUCAACAGCCAGAGAAGAAAGACCUUCAGCCUGUGGAACCCACCGUGGAACUUUAUUCUCCAAGGGAGAACUUCUCUGGCCUAGUUGUAACAGAGGGCGAACCUCCUAGUGGAGGAAGCAGAACAGACUUGGGGCUUCAGAUAGAUCAUAUUGGUCAUGACUUGUUACCCAAUAUUAGAGAGUGUAACAAAUCUCAAAACCUGGGACCAAAAGACCUUCCUGACCAUAACAGACUGGCUGUGAGAGAAUUUGAGAGUCUCCCGAGGGAAACCAAAGAGAAAAGCAAUCUUCUAGGGUCAGAUAAUGAAGAUGAGAAGUUAAGUAAAGGGCAGCAUUAUAUUGAGAUCGCCUCCCUUCCAGGAGACUUGGUAACUGUGGAAAGGGAUCACUCAGCUACUACUGAACUUCUUGAUGUGACAAAGACACAGACUUUUAGUGUAGUGCCAAAUCAAGACAAAAAUCAUGAGAUAAUGAAGCUUCUGGCAGUUGGAACUUCAGAGAUUUCUUCACGAGUCAUUGACCCACAUGUUGAAGGACAGAUAGGUCAGGUGGCAGCAAUGCAAAAAAGUAAGAUAUCUAAGGAUGAUGACAUCAGGAGUGAAGACUUGCCAGGUCAGCAGGGGGACCUGUCUACUUUUUUGCACCAAGAGGGUAAGAGAGAGAAAGUGGCUCCUAGGAAUGGAGAAUUAUUUCAUUGUGUUUCAGAGGGUGAACAUUGUCCCCCAUUCCGGAAGGACGUGAUUAGGUCAUCCUUUGUAACUAGACACAGCCGAAUCCCUGUUUUAGCACAAGAGAUAGACUCAACUUUUGAAUCUUCCUCUCCAGUCUCUGCAAAAGAAAAGCUCCUCCAAAAGAAAGCUUAUCAGCCAGACCUCAUCAGGCUUCUGGUGGAAAAAAGGCAACUCAGGUCUUUCCUUGGGGACCUCUCAAGUGCCUCUGAUAAAUUGCUGGAGGAGAGACUAGCCACUGUUCCUGCUCCCUUCUCUGAGGAGGAAGUCUUUGCUCCCUUUUCGAGACUGACUGUAGACUCGCACCUGAGCAGAUCAGCCGAGGACAGCUUUCUGUCACCCAUCAUUUCCCAGUCCAGAAAGAGCAAAAUCCCAAGGCCAGUUUCAUGGGUCAACACAGACCAAGUCAGUAGCGCAACUUCAGCUCAGUUCUUGCCUCGGCCACCACCAGGGAAGCCUCCCACAAGGCCUGGAGUGGAAGCCAGGCUCCGCAGAUAUAAAGUCCUAGGGAGUAGCAAUUCCGACUCAGACCUUUUCUCCCGCCUGGCCCAAAUUCUUCAAAAUGGAUCUCAGAAGCCCCGGAGCACUACUCAGUGCAAGAGUCCAGGAUCCCCUCACAAUCCAAAAACGCCACCCAAGAGUCCAGUUGUCCCCCGCAGGAGUCCCAGUGCCUCUCCUCGAAGCUCUUCCUUGCCUCGCACGUCCAGCUCCUCACCAUCCAGGGCUGGACGGCCCCACCAUGACCAGAGGAGUUCAUCCCCGCAUCUGGGGAGAAGCAAGUCACCUCCCAGCCACUCAGGAUCUUCCUCCUCCAGGAGGUCCUGCCAACAGGAGCAUUGCAAACCCAGCAAGAAUGGCCUGAAAGGAUCCAGCAGCCUCCACCACCACUCGGCCGGCACCAAAGCCCCCCCAGGGAAGAGUAAGUCAGCUACUAAACUCAGCAGAUAGGAGCUGGGCUGCAUCUCUGUGAAAGGUGUGAGAUCUUCCUCCUAAACCUGAUGCAUGUGUGGCCCUGUACUGUCUCUAAAAAAUCAGUGUUGAUCUUCUCUUGCAAAAGAAAGUAACAUGAUAAAUUAUUUAUAAGAAGACAUAAAUAUAUGAUAAGGAAUUACCUAAGGCAGGCAGCAAGCAGGUCAGGGAUCAAUGCCUUUGCAUAGGAAGGGGCAAUCCAGCAAAAUCCAUGGGGGAGAUUAAAUGAACUCUCAUUUUUCAGCUGCCUUUGAAACAAAAGAGUUGACGGUAGGAAAUGGAAUGGAAUUUUAAGGGGUUUGGCCUGUUUUUUUAAGGCAUUGUUAAAGAUUAUAUAGCAAAAGUGAAAUUUCUUGUUUUAAUAUUUUCAUUCAAAACUUCCCAACCUUAGAGAGUCAGAAUUGCUCCGAUAGGAGGAUAUGUAACCAGUCUGUUGCUGGGGAGCCAGUGCUCAUAUCCCCGAGGCUUGUGUGUGUUUACUGGUGUAUUGAGAGUUCACACCUUUACUUUGCCUCACUCCUACUACCCUUCCUGGAUUUCAGUUUUUAAAGUUAUCCCCCAGAUGCAAUCUCCCUUAUUUUAACAAUGCAUUCUAAUAUGCUUUUAGCAGCACAUGCUGAGAAUUUCAAGUCCAGUUGUGUUUUUAGUCCCCUAAUAUUUUUCUGUGGACCAGAAAAAAGUAAGUUAACAGUUCUUAACUCGGUAUAUUUUUAUUGUGAAAAAGAGCUACUGAAACUUAGGUAAAGGAAGGAGAAGUGGAAACAGAGCUUACUGCACAGGCAUUAGAGCUUUGGGGACAGAGGGACAGGGUGGGGUGAAUACCCUUCAAGACAAAAGAAACCUCUCCCCCUCUGUUUCCUCCUUGUGGAAGGAAGACCGACCAGAGUAGACCUUGCUUUCUUAGGUCUUCUCUCCAGUCAUCCUGACUGUUUGCAAUAUCAACCUCCAAGAUGAUACCAGGGAAGUAUAAUGCUGUGCAAUGUGACUUUAUGCUCUUAGAGAUUUAGAAAGAAAAACAGAAAUCAGGUACGUUGUUGAGGCUUAUAAUCCUCAAACUUUGUAUUUUAUAUACAUUUAGCCAAUAAGGAAUGAGUAUUUGGGGAAAUAAAUUUAGGCUCAAUAUUUAUCUUUUAAUGUUUUAUUACCUGCUUCUCCUGUGCUUUAGUUUGAAUAUUUGGGCUUUUGGACCUGAUUUCCUUGUAACCUCAAUUUAUAAAGCUGCGAGGAGGAGCAUAUUUGUUCUAAUUUCACUCUUCUGCUAACAGGAAUCCGGCAAAAGUAAAUUAUGCUAGAUUUUUCAAAUGGGCUCUUUUCUACUCUGUAGGUGUUUUGUGUUGUAAAGACCUGAUUGAGGUCAGGUAAAUUGGUCUGCUUGCUGUUGAAAUUCGCCUUCUAGCAAACAUCUGUGCUUUCUCUUUGACCUUGUGUUUGCUGCCAAAUCUAAUAUGGUUGAAUUGGAAAACAGGAAAAAAAACAAACAAACAAAACAAAACAAAAAGUAUAUUUCCUCACCAAGCAAAUACAUUCUAAUGCUGCCUCAAAGCUGCCCUGAAGCUGCACUGAACUUCUCUUGUUCUCUUUAUCUGUGUUGAGCUUUUUAAAAAAAAAAAAAAAAAAAA